GGGGCACUCUGUAGUAGUCUAGCCUGUCUCCUGCAGUUUAUCUCCACCCAACAGAAGCAUGAAGACCUGCAGAGCUGCCCUUGCUGUACUUUUUGUGGCUGUCCUCUGCUACCAGGUCUCCUCUUCUCCAAUUUCUGUCAACCUUUCUGGUCUCUGCUGCAUCAAAUACAUGACCAAAGAGCUUCCCUUGAACCUCGUGAUGAUGUAUGAGCACACGGGCAGCCACUGCCCCCAGCCAGCCGUGAUAUUUACCACAGUCAAAGGGAAGAAGGUCUGUGUCAAACCCGAUGAAAAGUGGGUCCGGGACAUUGUGAAUUCCCAGAAGGACAAGGCAGGCAGUGGAUGAGCAAUGCCCCGCUCCCUCCAAGCACCAGCUCUGCAAGGACCUGUUAUCACCAGCACCUCUGAGACAUAUCCCUCUUUUCCUACUGCCUGUGAAUUUGGCAGACUAUUUAAUAGAGUGUUUAGCUCUUUUAUUUAAGUUUAUACAAUUUUAAUUUAUUUGGCAUUUUUGGUGAAACUUUUCAUU